AAAUGUCUCUUGAGGAAAAAAUCCUCCUUGGAUACAACACUACUUUAGAAACUUCACAGAAUUUGAAUACUAGUAAAGACUCCAAAGCAAUUCCAAUGAUGGCGAGCGUUACAGAUCCCAAGAUAGUAAAAUCUCAACACAAUGAACCUGUAUUAGCCAAAGACCAUAGUAUUACAC